AUGGCUCGGUUUCUGAACCGGAGGCAAGGGGAAGAGGUCCGGAUCCGUGACGUGGCGUUUGCCUACACGUUCAACGGCCUGGCCAGUGCUUACGUGUCCAGGGAACUGAUCCAGCUGGAAGGCGGCGGCAGCGAGCGGAUGAGCGGGGUCGUGAGGGAGAUGAUGGAGCUGUACGCAGCUCCGAAUAUAUCGGACCUUUAUCCGUCGUUGGGAGGACUCGACAUCCUAGGUUUGAGGAAGCGUACGGAAGAGUGCGUGGCGAAGCUGAGGGAGCUGUGGGACCCGCUCAUUUCAGAGCGGAGGGAGGCCAAAGAAAGCAGCGGUUGCCGCGCUGAUCGUGACUUCCUGGACGCGAUGCUCGACUCGGGGUUUGCCAACGAGGCGAUCAGUUACACCUUUCUGGUAAUUCCUCGUAAUAUAAGUACAAAUUAA